AUGACAUCGACUAUAGGAUAUACAAGAGUACCAUUUUGCUCUAUUGCACCAGUUCAACGAGUUCAUAAUCAUCAAGUAGUAUCAAAUAAUCAUAAAUCAGGAUAUCAUCGUAUCUUUUCUAGAGAAGCAGUACAAUCAAAUGGAAUAAUCGAGUUAAUUAAAGAUAAAAAGUCAAUGAUGAUAUCGAAUAGUAGUAAAAUUAUCAUUAAUACAAAUAACAAUAGACAAGAGCAACAAGAAUCUAUCUAUCUUUGUAUUGAUAUGAAAGAAGAAGAAGGCUAUUUUGAUUGUUCUUUUACUACAAAAAGUAGAGAUAUUCAAUCAUUAAUCGACUCUAUCACACAGAUAGCUUAUAAAAGAUCUAUCAAAUUUGUAAAUAUAAUUGAACUAUUAAAGCAAUUACAAAGAUAUCAAGAUCAAUACUCAUUUGUGACUUGUUUUGAUAAACAACAUCAACGUAUCUUGAUUUAUUUUCCCAGUAAUCUUUCAAGGAAUAAUACAAAUCAAAUACGUUUAUGGUUAAAUAGCAUUGGAAUUGAUAUCAAUUCACAUAAAGAUUGGUCAUUAUCUUCUGCUAAAAACAACUUGGAACAUGUUGAUAAGAACUAUUUCAAUGAUAUAUUCAAUUUUAUAAAUCAGGUGGAUACAUUAAUAGAAUCAAAUGAAUUAUUUUCACAUAAACAUUCUUCCUCGUGA